GAGCUGCUGGUGGAGUGGUGGUAGCGGCACGCUUCUCGCUACGCUAUAGAAACCGCCUCUCGAGUAGUCGAGUCUCGAAGCACAAAUUCCCCUCGAGCCGAGACGCCUCCUUGCUCCCCUCUAAACCCUCCCCCUCGCGCGGAUUCGCUUCCCCGUGUCUCCCAGAGGGGAGUUGGUGGUGUUCCUGGAGCUUCUUGGGGGUGGUUUUUCCAAGCUGCGGCGGGCUCGCCGGAGUUGGAUCCGGCGGAAGAGAGGAUUUCUGGGAAGGGUGCCGCGAAGCUGCUCGACGGCAGGCUCGUGGUGGCCUUGAGGAAAUCGCUUCAAUUUCGAACGGGCUGUUCAGUUGGCUGGACGAUUCAUUUCAAGAGCAGAAGUGUUUACACCAAGCCGUAGCAGAAGAGGGAAUCCUUGAUUUGUCGUGGGAAUAAAGAGGUGCUCACCUUUGAGUUGGACAAUGCAUCCCAGGGCUCGAAUCCACGCAGACCCGGCUCCGGAGUUCGACCAAUUCGACUGCCUGCCGGAUCCAGUUGUCCUCCUGAUUCUGAACAAGCUGGAGGACGUGCGUUCGCUUGGCCGCUGCGCUGCCGUGUCGAAGCGGUUCAGCGGACUUGUUCCUCUGGUUUCCGAUGUGUAUGUCAAGAUUGACCGUGUCGUGGCCACAGAUGGUGAUGCUGAUGAUGCUCUCAACCUGUCUUCGGCGAAGCCAAAGAACAUCUUCUCCCAUUUCUUUAAGCUUAUGCUAUUCACAAUCGUCAAGCCAUUCCACAGUAUGCGCAACCUGAAUGGCACGGGCAGGCCGUUGUUCCCGCUUGCGCAGCAUUCACCGGUACAUGUGCUUAGGAAUUUCUCUGAUGUCUGGAAUCUCCGGGUGGAGCUUCCCUCGGGAGAUGUUGGGACCGAGGAGGGUGUUCUGCUUAAGUGGAGGGCUGAGUAUGGUAGCACACUUCGGAAUUGUGUGAUUCUGGGAGGUACCCUGGUCGAUCGCAAGCCUAUAGGCGCAGAGCAUGAGUCGUCGGUAGAGGAUAAUGGAAGCAUGCCAGAAUCUUUCUAUACCAAUGGCGGGCUUAAACUUCGUGUCGUGUGGACUAUCAGCUCUUUGAUUGCUGCAUCAACAAGACACUAUCUUCUCCGGUCAAUUAUCAAGGACCAUCCGACGUUGAGGAGCUUGGUUUUAGCAGAUGCCGAUGGGCAAGGGACAUUGUACAUGGGGAUGGAGCAGCUUAGAGAGUUUAGAGAAAACAAACUGUCAGCCUCAGCAUGUUCCAAUAGAACUCAGGUCCCAGCCUGCAACAUGAAGCUGAAAUAUGCCCCAUACCUUGAGCUACCUGGUGGCAUGACAUUGCAAGGUGCCACCCUGGUUGUGAUCAAACCCUCCAAUGAUGGAGGCAGUGGUGGUCACAGCAGUCGGAAGGAAACUGAAGCUUUUGUUUCAAGUGCAUUCGAUGAACCUUUCAGAUUUGCUGUGAAGGCGCUGAUGAAGAGACGAACAUAUCUACUGGAGAUGAACGGUUUCUAGAUAGUCUACUUGAGUUGCAGUGGAUUGUCUUUCUAUCAACUGCUUCAAAUAUAUCAUUUUUGUUUUUUUCUCUCAAGCAGAGCAACUUCAAUCCUGUUUAGAAUGAUGAAAUGUCCACCGCAAUGCAACCCCAUUUUCUGUUGUUUGCUCUUUGUAUAGCAAUACUACUAGCAUCCUAAAUUUCCAUUUGAGUUUCGAAUUUCCAAAUUACCAAUUUCCAA